AGACUCUUUCAAAGAGCUUCCAAAUCUAUACCCCCAGUGGUGCCAGCAUACAAAAAUAUGUUAAAGGAUCCUUCCACCAAAUAUGCUGCCUUUAAAGGAGUCAAGUUGGACAAGAGAACCUGGCCCUCAAAGUCUAUCACCAAGGCUCCUAGGUGGUUAUCUACUGAUUUAAGAGAUGGUAACCAAGCGUUGCCUGAUCCCAUGUCUGUCGAAGAGAAGAAGGAGUAUUUUCACAAGCUCUUGGAGAUCGGAUUCAAAGAAAUCGAGGUAUCUUUCCCUUCUGCAUCUCAAACAGAUUUUGACUUCACCAGAUAUGCUGUGGAGAACGCACCAGAUGAUGUUUCGAUCCAAGUUUUGACUCAGUCUAGAGAACCUUUGAUCAGAAGAACUGUUGAAUCCGUAAAGGGUGCUAAGAAGGCUACCAUACAUACAUACUUGGCUACUUCUGACGUUUUCCGUGAUGUUGUUUUCAACAUGUCACAAGAAGAUGCAAUUGCCAAAGCCAUUGAAACUACCAAGUUGGUCAAGUCUUUGACAAAGGACGAUCCAGAAAUGCAGGAAACCGAGUGGACCUUGGAAUUCUCUCCUGAAUGCUUCUCAGAUACUCCUACCGAAUUUGCUGUGCAAAUUUGUGAAGCAGUCAAGAACGUCUGGGAGCCAACUGUAGAGAAUCCUAUCAUUUUCAACUUGCCAGCUACCGUUGAAGUUGCUUCUCCAAACGUCUACGCUGACCAGAUCGAAUACUUUGCUACCCACAUUUCCGAACGUGAAAAGGUGUGUAUUUCUCUUCAUGCUCACAAUGACCGUGGCUGCGGUGUUGCUGCCUCGGAAUUAGGUUUAUUGGCUGGCGGAGACAGAGUCGAAGGUUGUUUGUUUGGAAACGGUGAAAGAACCGGUAACGUAGACUUGAUCACUGUUGCUCUCAACAUGUACACCAAUGGAGUUGCACCGGAGUUGGACUUUUCAGAAAUCGAAAAGCUCAUCGAGGUCAGUGAAAGAUGUAACAAAAUCCCAGUUCACCCAAGAGCUCCAUACUCUGGAUCCUUGGUCGUUUGUGCCUUCUCUGGUUCUCACCAAGAUGCUAUCAAGAAGGGAUUCUCCAAGGCUGAAGCCAGAGCUGCUAGGGGUGACACCAAAUGGGCCAUUCCAUACUUGCCAUUAGACCCUAAGGAUAUCGGUAGAAACUACGAGGCCGUUAUCAGAGUCAACUCUCAAUCUGGUAAGGGAGGUGCUGCCUGGGUCAUCUUGAGAUCUCUCGGCUUGGACUUGCCAAGACACUUGCAAGUUGUCUUUUCUGGUAUUGUUCAGGAAAGAGCUGACUCUUUGGGUAGAGAAUUGAAGUCUGAAGAGAUUGCCGCUUUGUUCAACGAGCAGUACUGCUCUACUUCCAACUUGUCUGUCAAGGACUUCGAGAUAACUAAGAGAAAGAAUGCUCCAGAGAACAAGGACCGUGAGAUCUUUGCUGUCUUGCAGGCUGGAUCCAAGACCGUUGACGUCAGUGGACAAGGUAACGGACCUAUUUCGGCCUUUGUGGAUGCCAUAUCCAAGAAAUACGGUGUUUCCUUUGAAGUCGUCAACUACAGUGAACACAGUUUAGGCAGUGGUACCCAGAGUAAGGCUGCUACUUACAUUGAGUUAGCCUACAACAACUCUAACAACGAGCAUGUUACAAAGUGGGGAUGCGGCAUUAACACAGAUGUGUCGCAGGCUUCGAUGGAGGCCAUUCUUUCUGUUGUGAACUCAUUGAUUGAUAGCAAGGAAAUUAAUUUGUAGAUUUGAUUUUGAUAAUUAAAAGUUAGUUAAACAAUAAAAGUACGAUAGAGG